CCGUCAUUGAAUCGAGCGGAGUAAAACGAGCAAAACCAUCAAACCAAGGCGAGGAAGAGGAAAAACCGUAGCCAUCUUGUAAUACGUUUUCGUCGGCCUGGUUAGCACCGAUUUCGGAAGGGUACAUUUUCGCACUAAAUACAGAGAUCAGUUUGCAUUCGCGAGACAGUUUUCCGUGGAUUUGGUUUUCCUCGAUCCGUAGCUCGAAUUUUCUUCGGUUUCGGUUCUUUUUUCACUCUGCUCCCCCUUUGUGUGAAAUCGUGCGUGCUUGUGUGUGUAUGCGUGAGCUUAUUGCAACACACAAGAGCCAAUAGGGGAAGAAGAAGCCAACAGCGCAAAGAAGAGAGCUGAAGCAGACGGACUUUUUCCUCCUAUAAUCGACGACGACGAGUGUGAAAUAUAAGAAGUAGCGAGCUAGCAGGCCGAGAGAGGAAUAUUCCAAAUUUUGCUGCAGGAAGGCAGGAAUUUUCGUCGUCGGUUUUCAUCCGGGAUCGAGCACUCCCAAAUAAAGAGCGGAGGUCACUUCACACAGCAGUACAGCUGCAGUACAGAUGGCGUUAAAAAGAAUUAACAAGGAACUACAAGACCUAGGGAGGGAUCCACCAGCACAAUGUAGUGCAGGUCCAGUAGGAGAUGAUCUAUUUCACUGGCAAGCAACAAUUAUGGGACCGCCAGACAGCCCGUAUCAAGGAGGUGUAUUCUUCUUAACCAUACAUUUUCCUACAGAUUAUCCAUUCAAACCACCCAAAGUGGCUUUUACAACACGCAUAUAUCACCCUAACAUAAACAGUAAUGGUUCGAUUUGCCUCGACAUCUUACGAUCUCAAUGGUCACCUGCAUUAACUAUAUCGAAAGUGUUGUUAUCAAUUUGCUCUCUGCUAUGUGAUCCAAAUCCAGACGACCCCCUCGUACCAGAGAUCGCUAGAAUAUACAAAACCGAUCGAGAAAAAUACAAUGAACUUGCGCGGGAGUGGACAAGAAAGUAUGCUAUGUGAUGCGUUCCAGAAAAUAACCUAGAAAUCAACAAAAACAACCACAACCAGAGAACCAACAAUAACCACAACAAAAACAACAAAAAUCAACAGCAACCAAUUGUAUCUGAAUUGCUACUCGUACUACUUCUUCUACUGUUGCUCCAACCUGCGCCACUCAUCACUCGUAAGAUGAUUACUGAUGAUGAUGUCGAUAAUGCCGGAAAAGGAGGUGGCAAUGACGAUGUUUUCGGUUGCAGCGACAGCAGCAGUGUGACUACUCCCCAACAACGUUCUUCUACCAUCAACACCUUGCGGCAGAGUUUUCGCCACCGAUUCCUUUUCUCCGUUCGUCGUCCUUGUCGUACUCGUCUUCGUCGUCGUCGUAAUUGUCGUCAACAGCAGUGGCUAGCCCUUGGACGACCACACCGAAGAGAUGAGCUACAGCAAAUACAACAAAUUGCAAACAAUACGUUUAACAUUAUUUAUUAAUGCAUACCAACAGAAAAAAAAACACAAUGUCAAGAUAAUCAGCUGGAUAUAACAGGAAGCUAGAAAAUCAAGAUCAAGUUCAUGAAUCACUACUGCAGAAGGAAGCUGAAAACAACAACACGAGAACAGUAAAUAAAUCUAUUGAUUACUCUUAAAACAUUACCCUUGAUCGGAGAACAUCGUUGCGACAACGAUAACGAACGCGAGAGUUUUUUUGUUUUGUUUUGGACAAUUCCUAUGAAAAUUUUUUCCAACUGUGUUUUACACUAUUCGAAAGCAUUAUUGCAAAUUGGCUGGACCGCGCCUUACAUUUGUUUCUUCCCUUCAUUUUGGUUUAGUGUUGUCCAUUUCGUUUUAGUUAUUUACGAAAAUAUGAAAUACUUAGUAAAAUUGAAUUGCUAUGCAUUAGUUUAUCAUUUUUUUUUACUUUCGAAACAAUCUGAAAGAAUCGAAAGACAGAGAAGAAGUUAUAUGGACGUUUCUCAAAAAGUGUCGUUUAUUGUUUUGGAUUACAAAAUUGUCGUUUCCCAUUUAUAUCAAUUACAUUUUUAAAACCUACGGUUGCAGUCUUUUCUCUGUCAACAGAAAAGUAAAUGAAAGAAUCAUGCUAAAUAAUCGGACGGUCAUGAACUCAUGAUCAACAAAAAAUCAGCAUAGUAAAUGAAACAGAAAUAUACCAAUAAUGGUGAAUAAUUUAUUAUUUUAUGUUUGCUUAGAGAACUACGUGUCGUAACUUUAGAGGAACAAGAAAAUAAACUGAAAAUGAUGGAAAUGAAUAUUCUUUCGCAAGCGUUGAAUUUUGGGCGAGGUUGAGAUGCCGAAAUGAGCGGGAGAUUCGUGAGAAGUAAACAACUCAAAUAUACUGUAAGCACU